AUGAAACAAAUUAUGGCAGGUCCAGUUGGAUUGUGGAGAGGAUUAAGUGGAAAUUUACUUUUUAGAAGUUGGUUAUCUGUAUUUUGGGGAUCAUACGAACUUUAUUCAAUAUGGUUACGUAAAUUAAAUUUAAAUGAAGCAAGUAUAAAUUUUUUAGCAGGCGGUUUAAGUGCAAAUACAUUUUGGUCCAUUUCAAUGCCAUAUACUGUAAAAAAUAGAAUGAUGGCCCAACCAGAUAUAAAGCCUCUUCAAUUUCCAACAUUGAGAGGUUGUAUUUCACAGAUAUAUAGAACAG